UUCUAGAAUCAGUUUGAAUAGAACUCUGAUAGACCCAGAAGAUAAAGAUCAUUCUAGAAUCAGUUUGAAUAGAACUCUGAUAGACCCAGAAGAUAAAGAUCAUUCUAGAAUCAGUUUGAAUAGAACUCUGAUAGACCCAGAAGAUAAAGAUCAUUCUAGAAUCAGUUUGAAUAGAACUCUGAUAGACCCAGAAGAUAAAGAUCAUUCUAGAAUCAAACUUUAGAUACAAACUGCUUUGCUUUUAUUUCUCUUUCGAAUUUUGUCAACGCAAUGAGCUCAAAGUUGGCAGGACUUUUUGACCUAAACAUCUGUAGGCUUCCUGGUGAGUGUUUCACUGUCCAUUGAAAGCAGUUAAGCGAUUUAGAACACUGUCGUAUCUCUGACAAACACUUUCAAAAAUCAAUGUUGAUAGCUUACUUUGUUCUAGCUUGUGACAAGCUUUUAGCGACACCCCAAGAUUAGCGCUCGCUAAUGUUUGCUCGCAUUGGAUGAAACAAAUCUCCUUUACACGGUGAUUCAAUUAGACUGUCAAACAUUGCUUGGAUUGAUACUCUAGCUUUAUUAACUUGGAUAUGGGUUUUAUUUUCCAAAGAGUUUUCUGACACUUAAAACGUCGGUUGUUCCAGCGAGUUCCAUUCACAUCUAAGCCAAUAUUUUAUUUGUAACUCCUUCUUACCGACGUUUGUAAAUGUUUGAUAUUGAUUUGCAUUUAUUAUUUUGUGUCGGUCUUGAGGUAAUAAUAUUUCACUCUGUACUGACCUAGUGCACAAGUUCGGUGUUCUUUUACAUAGGAGCAGGGGAGAGAGAAAUGUGUGUGUGAUUUCUGUUUUUAUAGUAGUGCUGGUAUCAGGCCUUGAAUGAGGAGUUACUCAAUCAAAGGGGUUUGACAUUCAGUUUUAAAAACAUUCUGGAACCUGUAGACUGCACACUUCUGUGACCUAUCAGUAGACAAUACGUUCUAUAAUGUCGAACUCAUUUGAUAAAAAGGUUUUGAGAAAGCAAGAUGCUUUGCAUGAAAGUUCUGGUGCCACAUUCUACAACAACCGGGCAUCUUUGGGCUACACAUCAUCGGAAUGCUGCGCUAUAGGAAAUGAAAGACCAUUCAAAACGCUGGAUGACUCCAUCUCCAUCAUAUCAAACAAGACCGAGCCUUCGCCGAAACUGCCCUUGAAAAAGAACGCCAAAAGUCCGAGUAACUUUCGUGCCCAUAACGUUCGAACUUUGUCAGACGUGACCGAGAAUUUGACAAAGCUUCACGGGAAACAGUGUCUGGAGACCAUGUCUAUGUUGGAAGGCAGUACAACUCCAAAGAUUCCGGUCAAGAAAAACAUGUCGUUUGUGAACAAACUUCGAGCUAUCACUAAGAUGAGGUCAUUUUCUCAAAGUAAAGGGGAGACUGUUGAUGACUCUCCACCUGUGGUGGACCACGAUGUUGGCCUAGUUUGCCUGAUAGAGGACAGCCCGAUGAGAAUUCUAAAGUUCGCUCAGAAUGGGAAUGCUAAGGAAGUAGCUCGGAUCGUACAAACAGACCCAUCACGACUGCAUGUCAAGAAUAAUCAAGGUCAGAACGCUUUGCAUCUGGCUUCCUUGAAAGGUCACCAGCAAGUCGUAGAGGUUCUCAUUGAGUUUCACCCAGAUUUAGACGUUGUAGAUAACCAUGGCAACACUGCUCUACACCUGGCCGUCUCCUCCAAAAAGCCUGAGAUCAUUGACCUUUUGCUCAAGAGUGGAGCAAACCCGACGAUUAAGAAUCACUUGCACAUGAUGCCAAUACAUGUAGCCGCAGAGCUCAACAAUAUUGAUGUCGUUAAUGUGCUGCUGGACAAUGGAGUGGAUGCUAAUUGGACAGGUGAAAGUGGUAUGACAGCCUUACAUUAUGCAGCGGCUAAAGACAAUGGCGAGGUCAUGAAAGUUAUGAUGCAACGUGGGGGCAAGCCAUGCAAAAAAUGUGAUUACGGAUACUAUCCCAUACAUAUAGCUGCCAAAUGCGCUGCAGCCAGUGCUAUGGAGGCCAUUAUUGAUAAAGCUCUUCAAGCUGGCUAUACAAGGGAACAAAUCCUUUCAUUCAAAGAUAGAGAGAAUAACCUCCCUUUACAUGCUGCAGUAAAUGGUGGAAACAUCAAGGCUGUGAAAGUAUGCUUGAUUGCAGGAGCAUCUGUAAAAGCACAACAGGAUGAUGGUUCAACCCCUUUACAUUUUGCUUGUGCCCAAGGAAACUUUGAGAUGAUCAAACUAAUGAAAGAAAUUCAACAAGAAAACUUUUUGGCUGCUAUAUUUAUUUUGGAUGUGAUGAAAAUGUCACCGUUACAUAGAGCAGCAUUUUUCAACCACACAACAAUCAUGGAGUUUUUACUGGAACAUGGAGCUGAUAAAGAUUGUCGAGACAUUAAUGACAGAACCCCUUUACUUUUGGCUGCCUCUAAAGGCUGUUGGGCAGCUGUUCAGUUGCUUGUCUCCAAAGAAGCUGAUGUUCAUGUAAAAGACAAAAGAAAUCGCAAUUUUUUACAUCUUGCUGUCAAGUAUGGUGGCAAGUUGGAACAGUUUGGUGGAACACUUAUAAAAGACAUCCAAGAUUUACAAAAUGACAAAGAUGAUUUUGGAUGCACACCUCUUCAUUAUGCAUCAAAAGAAGGUCACUUAAGAGCCUUGGAUGAUCUCAUUAAAAUGGGGGCUGUCCUUAAUAUGAAGAAUAAUGACAAGCAGUCACCUUUUCAUUUUGCUGCCAGAUAUGGGCGCUAUAAUACUUGCCGUCGAUUGCUGGACAGUCACCAUGGUCCAAACAUAAUCAAUGAAACAGAUGGUACAGGGCUUACAGCCCUUCAUAUUGCUGCCCAAAAUGGUCACACCAAAGUUGUCCAGCUUUUACUACAGAGAGGAGCUGUGGUAAACAAAGAUAAUGAUGACAACACAGCAUUGCAUCAUGCUGCUGCCAAUGGUUGGACUCACACCAUGAAAGUCCUUAUAAGUGUUCAUUCCAACUUGAUAGAUGUUGUCAAUACUGAUGGCGAUACCCCCUUACAUGUAGCUGCUAAAAAUGGACAGACCUCAGCAACAGUUCUUCUUCUUUCUAUGGGAGCAAAGAUGCUCUAUAACAAUUAUGAUGAUGGUUUCUUUGACUACAUCAUUCAGAACAAGUUCAGUGAAGUGGCUGUAGCAGUCAUAAAUCAUGACAGAUGGGAAGAAGUCUUACAAGUAUGUUCUAAAACAUAUGGCUGUUAUGUUUUGGGAUUGAUUGAACAUUUGCCAGCUGUUUGCAUGAAUGUUCUAGACCGAUGUCAGAUUCCCUCUAAUGAUGACCCCAAAAGUGCAAAUUAUCAUAUAACAUACAACUUUAAAUAUUUGGAUACACCCAGCAAGUGUUUAGAAAUGGCAAGAAACAGCCCACAAAAUAAUGAAAUUUAUCCACUGAUGUCUCUUUAUGCCAUGGUAAGAAACAACAGAGUUGACUGUCUUUCACAUCCAGUAUGUGUGACAUUUUUAAAAGUGAAGUGGAAACACUAUGGAAUUUGGGUCUAUUCAGCUUACUUGAUUGUAUACAUACUUUUUCUGGCUUCACUUACAAGUUUUGUAGUCAAUCACAACUCUUUGAUGCAUUUUGAAAGAGCGAGUCUAGAAAAUUCAACUGCUUCAUACCUGUAUGGUAACAAAGAAGAUGGAUACUCCUUUGAGCCCAUGUACAUCAUAUGUCUGUGGUUUAUGCUGUUCUACAGUUUUUUAAAUAUCAUCAAAGAAGUUGGCCAGAUUAUAACAAUGAAACUACGCUACUUUGCAGACAUAGGCAAUGGCUUGGAAUGGGCUCUGUACAUAACCUGCUCAGUUUUUGUGCUGCCUUUUUUGCUCAAUAUGUCAUUUCAUUGGCAAUGGGAGGCUGGAGCUUUUGCAGUAUUCUUAGCCUGGUUUAAUUGCCUAGUUUUUCUACAGAGGUUUGAUUUUUUUGGUAUCUAUGUGGUCAUGUUUUUGGAAAUACUUCGGACUCUCGUUCAAGUACUUUGUGUGUUUUCAAUUCUAAUCAUAGCAUUUGGACUGUCUUUUUACAUGCUGCUUUUCAAAGAGGACUCAAAAGCUUUUUCAACACCAGCCUUGUCACUCUUAAAAACCUUUAUGAUGAUGCUUGAACUGGACUACAUGGCUUCAUUCAAUGAGCAGUACACUGAUGAUAGGGAGGACACUCUGCAUUUUGGCACAUUGACUCUGACUCUCUUAACCAUAUUUGUUCUCUUAAUGCCAAUUUUACUGAUGAAUUUACUGAUUGGUUUAGCAGUUGGUGAUAUUGAAUCUGUUCAGAAAGAUGCAAGACUUAAAAGAUUAGCAAUGCAAGUGGAACUUCACAUAAAUAUAGAAAGAAAAAUGCCUUUAUUUCUUCAUGAGAAAGUCACAGUUACAGAAUACAAACAAUAUCCAAAUAGAUGUCAGAAAAAAAUGGAAAACUUUUUCUCCAUGAUUUCAUUUACAAAAGAUGCUAGCGAUGGUAGAGUGUUGGAAUCGAGAAUGCACAAUUCAUAUCUUUAUGAGGAAUUAUAUAAACAGAAAGUUAGGCUGCGUGACAUGAGCACAGUCCUGGACAAAAACAAUCAGUUACUCAGGAAAAUCAUGCAGAAAAUGGAAAUCCACACAGAGGAUGAUGCCUGGGAUGAAGGGGCUGGGCAAAAUAGUGAUGACAGCUGUGAUGAGAUGCAUGCUAGACCUAAUGAGGUCAACAGAACCAAAACUGCUAAAGAAAAAUUGUACAUUAAGUCAGCUGUUAUUUCCCUUUGGAAAAAGUGAAAAUAUUUUUCUCUAAUGCUUUGCAUUAGUUUAAUGUAUUAAAACUUAAUGUUGCUAAAAUGUAUAACUUAGCUAAAUUUAUUUUUUUUAACAAAAAUUAUAUUUGUAACGUUUUUCAGGUAAUGCUGUGUAAAUUUUUGUUAAAGCUCAUUAUUUUUUAACUUAAUGUAACAAUUUUGUGAAUCUAGUCCUGAUGUGCACAAUUUUUUUAUUAAUUGUGUGGUAUAUUUUAAUUUUGUAUUGUAAUCAGUGGGCACUUUUUUAAAAUGCUUUACAUGACAAUAUAGUUUCUCAAGGACAUAUAAUGUUACAGAUAAAAUUGCUGUACUGAAACAGAAAAGCCAAUAGAGACCUUUUAAAAUGGUGAUAUAGCAUGCAACUGCUUAUAAGAUAUAAAGCUAGUAAUAGCUCCAUAGGAGGAUAUAUAGUUGUAUACACAAGAUUUACAAACCUUGGUAAAAACUUUUAUUAUCUCUGAACAACAAAAGGAACUUAUUUAUUCACAUUUAUACAGGGAGGAUCUCAAGUAUUUUAGUGGUUUUAAGGCUCCACAGCUGGUUCUCUUGGUGUUCUCAGGCUUUUAUGCCACAUUUAUAUAAUGGAUUUCUUUUUUUAGUUGUUUUUUUAUAUCACUGCAUAUGCUGCCUUAAUGUCUAGCCUUCUACUAGCAAAGAUUGUUUUUUGUUGUUGUUGUUUUUUUAUGGUACAUAGAUAAUUAAAAGGCUUUUUCUUUAUCCUGCCUUUUGAAGUUUUUAAAUGCAAAACACUUAUGAUGUUUUUUUAGGUCAUGUAUAAGCCAUUAUGCCAAUGUGCACUAUUAACAAACAGAAUGUAGGCUCAAGGUACUAUGAGAACACAACAAAUAUAUUAAAACAAGAGUUAAAAUGGCAAAUUAAUCAAAAUAAUGUUUGUGCAUAUAGGUGUUCUUGAAUAUACUGAGGUAUGUGCUUUGUCUGAGUGCAAUGGGGAGCUAGUUCUAAAACUUCAGUCAGUGUACUGCUGAAAAGGCCCCCAAACUGUACAUUUUUUUCAUACUUAGUUAAAAAAUUUUAAAGAAAUAUUUUCUUAAAUAAUCUAUUUCUUUUAUUACACAUUUGUAGCCAAGUCAUUUUCCUUUUAAAAAAAAAAUUAAAUAUUUUGGGUUAUAUAUUAAAAUAAAAAAGUUAGGUUAGUUCUAGUAACACUACCCUCCUAAAUAUUUUAUUCAUCCUGGAAAUUUCCAUUUUUCGAUCAAAAUAAUACACACUGAAAGUAUUGAUAAAUUUGUUAAUCAUUUCUUGUCAUUUUCUGUUUUAUUUGUUUUACAAGUUCCAGACAAUUCUUCUGAAAUGAAGAUUGAUAUGUUCUAGACCAAACUUCCUGCAAGACGGCAGUGUUCAAACUCAUGACUAUUGGAAGUCUGAAGUGCAUACCACUCAACCAGGCAGCCAUUAUAUUUAAUAUCUCGCCAUCAACUAACUCCAGUAUAUUGAUUUUUAUAUAUCACUAAAAAAUUGAGCUUAUCAAAUGUCAUGUUAGCUCAAACCUUAAUACGAAUAAAAGUUUGAAUGAACACUAUGUGAGAUUACAUAGAGCUAUAUUUUUCUUAAUAUGAUUUUAAUGUCUAUUUAAAAAAUCAUUUAAAAUUAAGAAACUUUGUAGCUAUAACACAAUUGUAUACUGUCUUAUCAGUCUCUACAGUAUGUUACUUUAGAUUGAACUUAAAUUUGUGCCAUCUAAUGAUCCCGUAUUUAUUUUCUUCAGAAAAGACAUUUCAAAAUUAUUAUUUGUUUUACAAACAUCUAUUUUUUUAUUUUUUUUUACCAAAUGAAUUUUUGAACCGUGAUUUUAUUUCUUUACUGCUACAGUAACCAUAUUUAGUUUUAUUCAGGCCAGUCACUUUUGUAUCUUUUCAUAUGAAAUGUUGAUUGUAUAUAUUGUGUUAUUUUUCUGAGAUUAUACACAUUUUUUAAGUCAUUUUUUUGGACUAUUGUUAUUACUACACCCAACAUUCCUGUGUCUACAUUAAAUUUAAGAAUUGAGUAUAUCUCAUCUGGUUGUUUUCUAUUUUACAUUUUGGACAUUUCUUCACAAAUGAAGAUUUUUGUCCUAGCCCAGACCUUAUGCAAGACAGCAGGGGAUGGCAUAGGCGCUAGUUUAAACUUGGGACCAUUGUAAUGACAGUCCUGAGCACAAUGUUCACAACAGAGCAGCCUCUUAUUUUUAUUUUAAAAAAUUGAAUUGUUGUGUACUGUAUUGAUUGGAAUGUGUUUGUGUAUUUGACUAUUUUUAAGUAUAUGUACAUUAAACUCUAAAAAAAAGCUUUGAAUAAUGAAUAUGAAAACUAGUUAUCUACCUGUAAUCUUGAACAAAAAUAUUUUCUAAAAAUUAAUUUAGUUUACUGUUAUUUUGUGCUACAAAUGUAGUUGAAUAGAAUGUAAGAUCAAAAAAUAAUUUUUGCACUGUUAUAUUUAUUUGUAAGGGCCAUUCAAUAUCUAUCCCUGUUUCAUUUGCAAUAAUAGGCCUACAUGGAUACAUAUAUUUUUGCCAUUUUUAAAUAAAUUUUACAUUAAAUUCUUCUGUUUAUUAAAACUGUUUUUGCAUGA